AUGACCUCUUGUAAACCAUGUCCUACUCCUAUGUCCAUGAAACCUGUUCUCACUCCUGCUGCUAAUCUUCCCUUUAACCAGCCUCAGUUAUACAGAAGUUUAAUAGGUGCUUUACAGUAUCUAACUCUUACUCUUCUAGAUUUGUCCUUAGCUGUGAAUCAAGCCUGUCAAUACAUGCAUGAACCCACUAAUGCUCACUUUGCUCUGCUCAAACGGAUUCUUCGGUUUGUUCAAGGUUCACUCUCUCAUGGCUUGAGUUUUUGUCCUAGUUCUUUUGAGCUCCAGGCCUUUUCUGAUUCUAAUUGGGCUGGUGACUCUGUUGAUUGCAAAUCUACCUCUGGAUAUUGUGUUUUCCUUGAUUCUAAUAUCAUGUCUUGGUCUGCUAAAAAGCAGCCUACAGUCUCUUGA